AAUUUUAGCAGUCAGUGUUUAGAUCGUAUUGAUUUUUCCGUCUUUAUGGUUCUCAGAUCCAUUUUAAGGUUUUUUCAAAAUUUGCUUAGGUCAGUAAGGUAUUCGAUUAUGGGGGAUUCUGGAGAUGUAAGCACGGACAUAAAAUUGUUUCAAGUGAUCGUGCCCCCGAUACCAAAACUUGGCGACUCGCAUAUGUUCUGGUCGUGGCGAAUGCUUAUUAAGGCUUAUCUGUCGGCCAUCGGACUUUGGUCGAUAAAUCAACCAAAAGAGAGCCCGCACACUAAGUUUGUGCUUCUGAGCACCUUGGAAAUGUGGGUUUUAAGAAAGGAGUAUGACGACAUGUCAUGCAGGUCUAUUUUCGAAGAUCUCGACGAGAGAUUCACAAGCGGUGUUGACAGACGAAACUCAAGGGAUAGUUUUAUCUAAAAGCGAAGUCCAACUUAUUUUUUUCUUCGAAAAUGCUAUUAGGAAGCCAUGCAUAUUUGCGAAAACCACUUAUAUAUUGUAACUAUAUCGUAAAAAAUUAAAGAGUGUGAAAAUGUU